GUGGUUUGGCAUGUAUUGCCAGUACCGUCAAGUGCGACACCAGGAAGUGCGCGAGUUCCAGAAGAGACGUUUGUGGCCGUUUCGCCUCCUCGGUUUCGGCACGCCCGAAGCCGGGCUGCUGUUCCACCAACGUCACGAAGCGCCCUACCAGAGGUUUCCCUCGUUCUGGCAGAUUUGCAGCCAACUCCAACCGUCGUGUCUUCUGCCUUCAAUGUCAUCACUUUCCUGCCGCAGUACUUGUGGCUGUUAAUGGUGCUAGCACCGAACUGGUCCGUCACCAGGAAAAUCAUGGAGCCUUUGUGGCCUGUGCUACUUUUCGCCGCGGUGCAUAUCUUCAUCGUGCUCAAUGUGGCUUCGGUAAACAGUGACAACUUGUCCGACUUCACUGAGCUGGCGAAGGUUUUCGAUCCCAGAGUCAGUGAUGCGCUCAGUUCGUGA